CUUCUGUUGAGUUGCACGUGAGAACGUUUGACAUUGUGCGACAUCUUGGUAGACGAUAGAGCUGAAUUGAGGAUACCAAUAUUAAUGGCCAUGGCUUCAUCCUGUACACAGCUGUGUCUACAGUGCAGAAGCCUUCUCUGCUCCAAGACAGUGGCUAAUACCUGGCAGUAUUACACUCAAGUUCGCCAUUGCAUUAGAGUUACAAGGGUACCCACCAAAAUCCUAGAUGGAUCCUCAAUUAUUAAGGGGAAUCACGUAACAAGUCAGGCAAGACAAAUGCGGAAACAACAGAUGUUCUGUUACAGCGACUUAGCUGCCAAACAUCUGGCAACUGAGGCGAAGGAAGACAAGGAUGUUGAAACAUCUAGAGCUGAUGUUGUAGCGUACAAGAGCCCCCUGUUGCCAAUCAGAGAUGCUGUGCCGGAAAUCCAGGUGUCAUUAGAUCUGGAUGCAGCUGCUGAGUUUUCAGCAUUAGAGGUGAUCAGUGAUGAAGAGGCUGUCAGUAUAUCUGUUCCUUCUGCCAUGCCUCCUGCCUCCACCUCUCUAAGAGACUACGUUGACCAGUCUGAGACCCUCAGCAAACUGGUACAGCUAGGUGUAAACCUGUGGAAGCUUGAACAGAGGCCCAACGUGGGGUCCAUGCUACUGAGGCUCAACUUCAACACAGAUGUGGCCCCAAGGCUGCUGUUCCUCAAAGAGAUCGGGGUGGAGGACUCUCGCUUUGGCUAUAUCAUCACGCACAACCCCUUCAUUCUCACGGAGAGUUUGGAAAACCUACAGUCCAGGGUGAAUUAUCUCAAGUCAAAGAAGUUCAGUUCUGAGAAUGUUGCGUCCAUGGUGUCCAGAGCUCCGUAUCUGCUUAACUUCAGUGUGAAGAGGCUGGACAACCGACUGGGGUUCUAUCAGCAGCAACUCAACCUCAGUGCUUCUAAUACACGGAACAUUGUAGCUCGUCUGCCCAGAUUACUGUGUGGCAGUUUGGAUUCUGUUAAAGAAAAUUUGAAGGUGUGUGAAAUAGAGCUCGGCUUUAAGGAAAAUGAGGUCCAACACAUUGUCAUUGCCGUCCCAAAAGUGCUGACUGCCAAUAAAAGGAAGCUAAUCCAAAUAUUUGACUACCUCCACAAUAUCAUGAAGGUGCCCCACAACCUGAUCGCCAAGUUCCCACAGGUCCUCAAUACCAAGUACUUGCGUGUCAGAGAGCGCCACCUGUUCCUCGAGUACCUCGGAAAGGCUCAGUAUGAUCCAACCCUGCCCAACUACCUCUCCCUGGACCGCCUGGUGUCGCUGCCUGAUGAGAUAUUUUGCACUGAGUUGGCUUUGGCCACACUGGAAGAUUUUUAUUUGUUCCAAAAGACACUUUGAUUCUUCAUGAGGGGCCAUUAUAAAGGACUUCAGAAAACAAGUGGUCAAGCACACAGAAUAAAUACCAUAAUGCAGACACACGCAGACAUUCAAGGCUUUAACAUAACGGCUGAGUUUGAAAUACAAUGUUUUGUAAUGUGAUGUUGAAUAAAUGCUCAUAAUGCAAAUC